CAACUGUAAAGGUCAAUGAAGGAGUCGGCUUGAAAAUAAUCUGUAGAUGUUGUGACAUGCGCAGACGAGAGAUGAUGCCAUAUUGGACUUGAGUAUUCAGCUGACACACGCAUACACGCACCGUUCCUGCUUCAACCAGAACACCGGAAAACACAAUUCAGAUAGACGGGGAAACAAGCUUAAGAGCUGAUGUUCCGAUUUCGUUGGCAACUUCUUGUUUUGCAUGGAUUGUGUGGAGGAGGAGGUGGAUUUCAACUGGGAGGAGUAUCUCGAGGAGACUGGAGCCACUGCUGCCCUACACAGUUCAUUCAGACAUGUGGAGCUCAGUCUUCAGAGCAGUUUUCAGCCUGGAAUGAAGCUCGAGGUAGCCAAUAAGGGCAGUCUGGAUACAUAUUGGGUGGCCACCAUCAUAACCACAUGUGGUCAAUUGCUAUUAUUACGCUACUGUGGCUAUGGUGACGACCGCAAAGCUGAUUUCUGGUGUGACAUCAUGACAGCCGAACUGCAUCCUGUCGGUUGGUGUGCUCAGAACAACAAAACGCUUCAACCACCUGAAGAUAACGUUUACCUCAGAGCAGCUAUAAAAGAAAAGUACAAUGACUGGACUGAGUUUCUUAUCAAAGAGCUCACAGGUUCACGAACGGCACCAGCAAACUUACUUGAAGGGCCAUUACGAGGUAAAAACACAGUGGAUCUGAUCGUAGUAGGUUGUGUUUUGGAGGUGCGUGAUGCCUUUGAACCCAGCGUGUACUGGGCUGCUCGGGUCCAGCGUAACAUUGGUGGACGCUUGUGCCUCAGCUAUGUCGGAUUAAAUGACCCUGCCUACUACUUCUGGAUGUUCUAUCUAGACAUUAGACUCCGCCCCCUGGGCUGGGCCAAGGAGAAUAAUUUAUCAGUGGAGCCGCCCACAGAUCUGCGUAUUUUGAGGAGCAGGUCAGAAUGGACUGAAGCUUUAGAUGAAGCGACUGCUAAAGCCCUAAACAGUCCACUUCCACUGGAGGUCUUCAAGGAUCACGCUGACUUGCGUACACACUCCUUCAGGACAGGAAUGAAGCUUGAAAUGGUGUCACCAAAAGAACCUUUCCACAUCUGUCCUGUGUCUGUAACUAAAGUCUAUAAUGAAUACUACUUUCAGAUCACAGUGGAUGACCUCAAUCCUGAAGCCCCACCCUCUUCUGUGGUGUGCCAUGCUGAUUCGCCAGGCAUUCUGCCAGUCCAGUGGUGUCUCAAGAAUGGUGUGGGACUGGAGAGGCCACGGGGUUUUGAGUCACAGGACUUUGACUGGGCAGAUUACCUCAAACACACGGCCACUGAAGCUGCUUCAGAUGUGUGUUUCCCAAAUGCGUGUCAGAGCAGGGGCUUCUGUAAGGAUAUGUGGCUUGAAGCUGUCAACCCACUCCAGCCUUCCGAACUCUGUGUCGCUCGUAUCACUCAGGUCAAAGGUCGACUACUCUGGCUAAGACUAGAAGGUCUGACCAAGCCGUCAGCAGAUUGUAUAGUAGAUGUGGAGAGUAUGGAUAUAUUCCCAGUGGGCUGGUGUGAAGCUAACGGCUAUCCCUUAUUGCCGUUACUGAAGACAGUCUGUCCACCUCAGAGGAAGAUCGCUGUUGUACAGCCUGAGAAACAGUUGGCCCCCUCACAGCCUGCUGAUGCCCCCCUUAACCUGUGCUCCUCCACCGCUAUGGAAACAGGUUUGGUGAAUGGAAAAUACUGCUGUUCCCAGCUUUAUGUGAAUCAUCACUGUUUCUCUGGUCCGUAUCUCAACAAGGGCCGAAUCGCUGAGUUACCGCAGGCCGUGGGGCCCGGCAAAUGUGCUUUAGUCCUUAAAGAGAUUCUGACAAUGUUAAUAAACUCAGCAUAUAAACCCGGCCGUGUGCUCAGAGAGCUACAGAUGGUAGAGGAUCCACAAUGGAACUGCCUGGAGGAAACCCUGAAAGCCAAAUAUAAAGGGAAGAGCUAUCGUUCCACCAUGAGGAUCGUUCGAGUAGCAGAACAAGUGUCAGAGUUUUGUCGUCGAGUGUGCGAAAGACUACAGUGCUGUCCGAAUCUUUUCGGCCCAACGCUCGUUACCGACAAUUGCCCUGAAAACUGCUCGAGCCAAACCAAGACCAAAUACACAUAUUACAAGAAGAGGAAAGUUGGCCGGCCAAGUUUAGGGGAGAUCACACAGCAAGGUGACAUGAUCAAACCAGCACGCCGCAGAAAGAAACGCAAGGCCAUCUUUGUCCAGAAGAAACGACGCUCUUCUGUUUUAGGAUACCACACCACAGAAUCACCUCAGGAUAGUGAUUUUUACUAUGACGAUGAGGAAGAUUAUUUUGAGGAGUCAGGCAGUGAGCAAAGUUCCAGCUCACCCCAUGAGCAGUCCCCUGCACACACUUUCAAGGAGGCCCCUCGGAGAGGAAGACCUCCAAGACAAGCUGCUCUUCUGCGCAGGGCGACCCAUCCAGAGCCAGAGACCUCAGACAGGUCGUCUCCCAGGAGAACCACACGUUCGGUCUCCUACAACCAGAACAAGGCAGCCAAACACACACACACAAAGGCAGAGAAUGUUGAAGAGGAAGAUGACCGGCUGGUUUUAGAGAGGAAUCCUUUGGAAUGGAGUGUAUCUGAUGUGGUUGACUUCAUCACAUCCACAGAUUGUGCCUCCCUCGCCAAGAUAUUCCAAGAGCAGGACAUUGAUGGACAAGCUUUGUUGCUAUUGACUCUUCCUACAGUCCAGGAAUGUAUGGACCUGAAGCUCGGUCCAGCCAUCAAACUAUGUCAUCAGAUCGAGCGAGUCAAAGUGGCCUUUUACUCCCAGUACGCUAACUAAGCUAACUGUACUAACACUGCUAGCUUACCCAGAGGCCUUUGCUUUGGCAGACAUAAAGAAACAGAAACCUGUGUAUCGUCCUCAGGGGUGUAAAGUAUCAUUCCAUCCAUCUCGAAACCUCGGGUUGGCUACAGUACAUAGCCUACUGAUUUCAGAGGAUUUGUAAACCAACUCAGCGAUUGUAUUAUAUUGACAUCAUUUUCAUUUGAUAUGGCAUUUCGUCAUGAACAAUGUUAUAUUUUCUGCUUGGUGGACUGGAUCAUCAAAGAAGACUAACCAAACAAUCUAGAGGAAGCUUUGAUUGUUUUCUGGUGAAGUUUCAAAUUUGUAACGUUUUAAAGAGAGAGCAUGAACAUACGAAUGAAGACAACGUUGAAGAUCACCAUGCAAAACUGCAAAUUCAAAGGCAAACAAUUGACAGGCAGUUUAAAUGUGUAAAAACUUCCACUGAUAAGACCAAAUUAUAUUUAUAACGGCAAAAUAUAUAUAAAGUAUUGACUUAAGAAGUUGGCUAAUAUAUUUGCAUUAUUUAUUUUGCUCUGAUAAACUAUUUUUUUAAUGUUCGUAAUUUUAGGAAAUGAAAAAUUGGGGCAGAAGUGUUAUGAAUUCAACUCAGGCAUUAUUAAUUCACUGGCUUAAAUUAUGGAAUUUCAUUAUUAUCAGGACUCAAAUUUGAUGUAGGCAUGUUCUAUGAGCGGCUGUAUGUUGUGUACUUUUGCAUGCAUCUGUACGCACACAUGUAUAACUCAUUGUAUUAUAUAAUAGCUCUACGCUUACGUCAGAUAUUCAAGUCCUUGCCUAUUGUCUGUUUUCUAAUCAACACAUUGCAAGUGAUGAUUCAGGGCAAAUUAAUUUUGAAGAGCUGCCUUUUUUGUCAUGGCCUGUCUAUAUUUUAUGUAAAUGUGACUUUGAUCUAUGCAAACUUGCAAAUGUUAUAUAUAUAUAUAUAUAUAUAUAUAUAUAUAUAUAUAUAUAUAUAUAUAUAUAUAUAUAUAUACAGCGUUUUAAUGACUUUCCUAGUGGUAUAUUUUUUACUUCAACUCUGCUUUAUGACACUUCUUUUGAUCUUUACAAGAUUGUAUUAAAUGGCUAGUGAAAUAUUGUCAUCAGUAAUUGAAAUAUCACUAUAAUUGAACAUUUCCAAUGUUUAAAAUAUCACUAUAAUUUCAACCCUAAGUAUACUAAUGAUCAUACUUACGGCGAGGUAUUGGCAGGGAUGGAUCAUGGUCCUGCAAGGCCCAGGGGCACCAGCCUCCUGGAGACCCCUCCCCCUCCACUGCCUCAUCAUAUGCACCAUGCAUGGGAAGGAAUUUUAAGCGAAUCUAGAAAUGCCAUCAGGAUUUCUGCGUGAAAACGUAUGCACACAGGUUGUAUGCACAAAUUAGUGUGCAUGCACGAUUAAGGCUUAAACAUACGCUAUGCAAAUACGUGAAAGCAGAUGCUUCUAGCUAUGCAAACUUGAUUUUGUGCAUUGUUGUGUUGUGACCACAAUUUAUAACACAAUGCAAGUAUGCAUUGCAUUCUCUAGGGGCACUAUAGUAAACAUUUGUGUGAACUGCCCUGAGAAAACUAACCGUAGAAGAAGACAAUUCACACUAAUGUCUGUUAUAUCACGCCCCUUUGUAAUGUGUUAUGAAUUGCAUUCGGAAACAUUUUGGAACGCGAUGACGCUUGAAGUCGAAGUUCAUGUUUCGGGCUGACAUGUGUUCUGCAAUGAGUUAGCCAAACAUUCCGUCUAUGUUUGCACACUUGCACAGUUUUUCUGGUGUGGAGAUGGAGUCAAACGUAAAAACUAUUAACGAUUAGACCACUGAUCUUUGAGAUAUAUUUUCAUCUGCUGUCACCUUUUGUGUGAUAUUCGCAUACUUUGUGAAUAUUACAUUGACUCCUCCAUAACAUGAUUCAUAAUCAGAUUCUUGUUUUACAGUCACUAUGUCCAAUAAUACAAAAUAGGUCUAGAAACACAUUUAACUCUAUCUAUUAUGAAUAGUCACAGCUCAUUACCAGAAAUAAUCUUUACACAGUAUGUGAAACAUGUUAGGAACCCACCGUUCGAGCUAUUUUCUUGCAAGCGAGAACUUCAUAAUCAUACAUCACACUUGUAUAAAUAAUUUUUCUGUAUUUGAUAAUGCAUGAUUUUAUAACCAUUAAGUGUUUUCUAUUGGGUCCGACUGUGAAGCUAUUUGUACAGCUGCCACUUCUCACAGUUGCCAAGCAACUUCAUGUCAGAGGUAUGCUGCACAUGGCUUUACCGGCGAUGUGUCAAACCAUGAUUGAGGUAUGUUUCUGAUGGUAGAGGAGCCCACAUGAAUUUUAGAGGACAAGUGAGAAAUAUGUAUGAGCAUUGCAAAAAAAAAAAUAAGGGAUCUAUUUCAUAUCUCAUUUGUUUCUCCUAGACAUGAAAUGAUAUGAAAUGGAGAACAAAUUGAGAUUUUGUAUUAAGUCUUCUGCUUCUCAGAGUUUACUCCUGAGAGAAAGACCCAGAGUGUGAGUUCUAAAAGAAAUCCAAACAAUGUCUGAAACUACGCACAGAUUUGCCAAGAUACCAAGGUUUGCUAUCAAAAGUCAGAGAUUACAAUAACAAACAUUUUUCAUCAGAUUCUUCCAAAACUAAAUUAUCUGAGCUAUGCAAUACAUGUCAUUUUUUUAUAACCCUACAAUCUUACUGUAAGUCAAAUUUGACUAGGGUAAGGGUUUCUAGAAGAAACAUCGGAGACAAAGUUGAUGCUAAAAUAUGACAUAACUUACAGUUCUCAUUAAGUGAGGCAUGAAAGAGCAACCUCUGAGCAAUACAAUUUUCCAACCCGAUCUCAUCAGAAUUUGUAACAAUAGUAUAAGAUGGCAAAUAUGUAAUAAAUCACUUAUACACCAACCGGUCACAUAUGCUUCUUUUGUGUCCUUGUAGACACCAAUGUUUAGUUUCUUUCUUGUGAGAGAAAGUCUGUGUCGACGCAAAGGUACACCUAACAAAGAAGACAUUACCCAGACCCUAAACCCAACCAUGAUAGGAAUGUAAAAAGCCAUUUCGUGAACAAUGGAAGAAAGUGAAACUUCCAGGAUGAGAAUGCGUGUUCAUGAUAUAUUUCUUCAUUUUAACCCCUAACCCAAACCCCUUACCUAAAUCUAACCAUAAAUUGGAACAAGUGACCAUUAUUGCAAUCAGUGCCAGACUGCCAGUACUACGAUGAGAUCUUUGGGGGGAGGGGCAUUUUGAACAUUAGAGUGGGUGAUAGAUUUUCUCAUUUCACUGUCCAACCAGGGAAGAGGAGGGGGGCCUUGGUCAUUUCACCAACAGACCGGGUGAGGGGUGUCAGAAGUUUCUAUGCCCCCUCUUUUUAAUGUGACAGACUUACGAUUUUCACCUGGUGAACAAUAAAUGGAUGAAAAAAAAAAAAAAAAAAUUCCCCUAGACUUACAGUACAUUGAAGGAGGGUCCUGAGCCAUAUCUAGGGACCAGAAUAUCGUACCCUGAUAGCACACUUACAUCACCCAGCCGUCUAUAUUUGAUGUGUGUGUUUACAUCUGUAAGACGUAAUUUUUGGGCUAUUUGCUCAUCUGCAAUAUGUCUAUAAGAAGUAGCCUUUUAAAUGUCAACAACACAUUCAGCAGAUGUCUUAGAAGUCCACACUAUUAAGUUUUUGAUUGAAAACGCAUCUUUUUCUCUACGUUUUGGCCUUCCAUCCAUACUGAGACAGUGAUUUUGACAGCAAAAACAGUUUUUCAAAAACGAUCCCCCAAGUGGAUACAUUUGAAAAUGUUGUCUUUGCAUUGUAGUGUGGACAGGGAAAAUGGAGAUAUCUGAAAAUGAUGACAUAUUUUUCAUCAUGUGAUGCAGUCAUGUGAUCCUGUCAACCCAAAAUCAAAAUGGUGGCUCAUGUUGUAGCAGCACUAUUGUGCCUGACUUCUAAUUUGAUAGUGAAACCUUAACAUUGCAUUUCUUCAAAGGCAAUGGGAAGUUUACUCGAAAUUGCUGUCUGGCGAUGGAACACAAGGACAAUUGCGUUUCAGACUGUACAUGGAACGGAGAUUUUUUUGCAUGCAUAGUAAGGCGAUUUAAAAGUUUUUGUAAGUUUCAGUGUGGACGAGAAACUUUUGGAACAAGCUUGAACUACACCAGCUGUGUGGACGGAGAGUGUUUUGAAAAUGGCAUUUUCAAAUGUAUCCGGAUUAAUGUGGAUGUAUAGCCUGAUACGUUUACAAUGUAGAAUGAUUAUUCAUCUUUUUUAAGAUGUUUAGCAAAUGUUAAUUAGAUUGUUAUGCUUUCCAGAUGAAAAGUUCUAUAACAGACAUCUCGGUGACGUACAGUAUGUAUGCUAUCUGGGUAGAGACUUGACACCCUAGCAACUGCAUAGCAACAUGCUAAAAACAUUUAGAACACCCAAUACAUUUUCUUCAUAUAAAGGAAAAAUCUGUAAUUGGAUGUUUUUGAAGUUUUCAGUUAUGUAUUUAUGAACCUUAAAGAUGAAAGGCAAAGAACAGCUUUAGUUAACAAGUACUGUAUACGAAAGAGAUGUUUACUUUCAUAUACCUUUGAAAUGUAUAGAUCGCUAAACUGAUGCAACAGGCUAUCCUCAAAAGACAACUGUAACUAUUAGUUAAAACUUUAGUAUGUCCACUAAAUGGAAUGGCCUAAUAGCAGAGCUUUGUGGAAAUUGGCUGUUAGAAUUCAUAUAACUUGAAAGUUUACUAAGCGACAAAAUAUUGCUGACUUGUCUACAACGUCAGACUUGUGAAUUGAUGUGUGUGUGUACUUAGAAGCAUGUACUGUAUUACUGUGUAGAUAAUAUUAUGGGGGCUGGUGGCAUGCGGGGUUGUGUGUCUGUGUUAAAAAAAAAAAAAAAGCUGCUUCCAUGAGUUAACCACAAAGCUCAUUCUCAUACUAACACACACCUGAAACUGGGUCACGAAGGACCUGCGGGGGUAAAAGGGGCCAGUCUUGAGUGAUAGGCAAUGACACAUUCAAAUAAGCUGCUUUUUAUUUUUGCACAUUUUGCAAGCGAUCGGAAAUCAAGAUAUAGUUCCAAGGACGACUCUCUUUCUCUCUGCACUUUUACCGCAGUUGAAAGAUGCAACAAAACACAAUCACACACAGAUCUACACACCUGCUUUGAAAUUAUACACACUUCUACAGGAACAGUACUUCCAUAGUUUGCCUGUCUACUUUGAAUAUUUCUGUUUUCUUGUUGAACUGGACUGGAGAUACUGUCAUAAAGUAACAUGAUAAUUUCGUAAUUAAAUGCAAUUGCAACAUGUACAUACUGCAGUAAAAAGAACUAAGUUCAGGAAUUCAUAAACAACAUUAAACUCUAUAAUCCUUUUUGAGUUUGUGUAUUGGUUUUGUAGCAGGUUCUAGGUUGGCCUGGUCCUUGACUUUGUUCUGCAAUAAUAACCCUUCUCAGAUGUGUACAUCCUGGAAAAACACUCAUGUAUUCAAAUAAGCACUGGCUCUUUGUAUGAAAAGCUUUCAGGCUGUACGGCAGUACAAUGCAAAGGCAUCUUUGACACAUUCUUUAAAAUUGACUCAUCAUGGAAAUCUUACACAAAGCUGGACUUCGGCACUCUGGCGCUACUUUGUAACUGCACGUUUUUGCCAGUGGGUGUACAUGCUUUAAUAUUAAUAUGUGUUUAUGUUUCAGUCCCAAAUAAAUACCCAUCAUGCCAUCUCACUCUUUUCAAGGAGAGCAGAAAAAAAAUUUUUAAUCAAAGUUUUUUUGCUGUCAUUAAAACAUGAUCAUGAUAUCACAGUUGCAUGCAAUUAUUAUGUGUUUAUAUCUGUUUGGAGUCGAAUGGUGCAUGAAGAACAGAUUUAGUUCUCUUAAAAUAAUUAUUUAAUUUUGAUUGUCCAACCAAAUGUAGAAUAUAAAAUAAUCUAAGCAUAUUUUAGCCAAUCUCGUCUGUCACAGGAUAGAUCAGAGACCCAAUUUCGCCCAAUUUUCUGAGUUUUUUCUUUGCAAGCAGAUCACUUAUCCUCCUGAGACCCAAGCAUGACUGCUGUGUGCAUUUUCCAUUUCCCUUUUUGAUUUGUAACUGUUAGCACAUAAUAAACAAGCAUGGAUUUUUUUUGUUUUGGUAACACUUUACAAUAAGGUUCCAUUUGUUAACAUUAGUUAAUGCAUUAGAUAUGAU